AUGAAUGAGGAUGAGCGACUCAAGGAGAGAUAUGUCAAGUUCAACCCGACGGAGCUGCAGCGCGUAGCCGGUCAAGCAAUGGGAGAAGCCCAUUGCCCUUCCAUCAUCAAAUUCGCAGAAGGAUGCUUCAACAAAGUCUUCCUUCUGAAAGCCAACCCUGGUAGAGAAUCGAUUGCGCGAAUGCCCACCCCCAUCGCCGGCGCCCCUCAUUACACCACGGCUAGCGAGGUAGCGACAAUAGACUUCUUACGCAGCGUCCUCAAUCUCCCAGUCCCAAAAGUCUGGGCAUACUCGACCUCUUCGACCAAUCCAGUCGGUGCUGAAUACAUGAUUAUGGAGCGGGUCGAGGGUGCCAGUCUUGCAUCGAGAUGGCUGUCUCUCACAACAGGCGAGGUGAAGAGUGUCAUGACACAAAUCGCAAAUAGAUCAUUUCAAGCCCAGCGCCAAUGCGAUAUACUCAACAACCAGGAUCUCGUGACCUGCCUAAGCAAAGAAUAUCCAUGGUCACAUGACUUCUGUGUUACCUUGAGGGGAAAAAACAUCUGUACUGGACAAACAACCACUUCCAAACCUGAGUUUCUCACUUCCCAUCUGAACCACCAGCCUUCUUUCUCAUUUCCAUCCAAACAAUCAACUCAGUCCCGAACACUAUCCAAAGAUAUCCAAAGGUGUCACUACACAAAACUAGCCUACACGUGCGGCUGCACCGUGAAUGGCAUCUUCCACCAAUGCGAGGCCAGACUGGGCACCAUCGUCAAGUGUUCCCCCAUGGACAAGCCUCACGUCGUCUCGGUGGAGAACUACUGCUGCAAUCACCUUGUUCCGCCUGACGCGCCUGUGGCCUAUUCGGUACCUUCGAUAAUCUUGGGCGGGCGCCGUGUCAGAGUUGAUGGGGAUGGCGGUCACGGGGUGAAGGGUGAGAAGGACGAAGUGAAGGAUGUGGAGAACAAGGGGAACGGCGUGAAGGACGAGGAGAAGGCCGAGGAGGACGGCAAGAAAGACAGCGCGAAGGACGAGGAUCAUGAGGACUGA